AUGCGGGAAUACGAGGAAAGGCGACUAGUGGAAGCUAUCCAAUCACCACGCCUUGAUAACAAGGUUAUCGCUGAAGCUUCGUUGGCGUAUCUCACGAAGGAGGGAAUUGUUCCGGAGGAUUAUUCUGUCGAGACAUUGGCGCGGGCUAUCCUUUACUUGAUAAUGCUCGAUGAGAGCCAAGCGAAAAGCAUAGCAGAUAUUCUGGAGCGAUGGAUGCUAUGGUCCCAGUUUGGUGGAAUGCAAAAAGUACAGCUGGACCUCCUGGUGAAGAACAAACUCUCGUUCUGCUAUGCGUCUAUCCUAGUCGCCGUGGUUCAGCAGGCCAAUGCCACCGAGAGCACUCUGGGCUCGGACAUGCUUGAGAGUAUGAGAUUGUGGAGGAGGGUGCGUCUCGGUUAA